CCAAGUGCAGAUAGAUCAUAGCAAUUUUGUUGUUUCGUGCUUAAGGUGGACAGAUGUGCAGAAGCAGGACUAGAAAGAAGGGGGACAUUCAGAUUGUGUCAGCCUUUGCGCAGAAGUGAGGGAGAAGACUUUCAUUCUCUGCCAUAUGUAAGGCUCUCUUUGAGCCUGUCCACCCUCAAGGGAUUUCACGUGUUCCCAGCCCUCCUGAAGUUACACUGAAGUGUUUGUCUUAGUGCAGCAUGCGUUCUCUCGAGGCCACUGUGGGAUUACUGGGGUCUGCUUGCACCCAACCUGCAUUGGUACUGGGCAAGGUUUGUUGGUUGUCCUUCCGAGUUAGCACAUCUGAGUCACACGAUCUGCACCUUGUUAGAGGCCUUGUUGAUCUGCCCCUACCCAGGUCUCUCUCACUUGUUGGUGAGAUAAGGGCUUUUAGGACAGCCCAGUCUGAAGUCUGCUCUUCACUCUCUCCAGCUGCUGUUACCGGCAGAGCACCUUGGGGAGGGUGGGGCAACCCACUUCCGGGGACGGAGGGAGGGGGAAGGGAGAAGGAAGUUGUUUUAAACCCGCCCUAGGUCUCCCUUCCUGCUCGCCCAUCUCUUCCUGCUCCUUUCCUCCCAACUAACUUCUGAUGUACCAUCCUGGACUGUGCACUCUUUCUGACCACUCAGCCUUACCAAGCCAUAGGCUUUGUCCCUGUAGCUCUCUCUGCCAAACCCAGUCUCUCUCUUUCUGUUAGUGGUGGUUUCGGUUGCGACACAGUCUAGGUUCUCAGGCGGGAACUGCUCUGCCUGCCUGCUACGCUUUUUACUGAGGAGGUGGUGGAAGGUGUCGCCUGGCCUGUGCCGGCUGAGUAAGGGUGGCUGGCUGAGCCGGCAGCCCCCGCCCUGGGCCUGGCUCAUCCCGGUCUCUGUACUUUGCCCUCGCUGCCUGACAGGUUCUGCUGAAUGGAAGUCGCUGGUAGUCCUUGUCCCCUUCUCCGGCUGGGCUUCCCUUCGAGUCUGAAGGGAUCUGAGGGAAGAAAGUGGGCCCGUCAUCUCCAGUCACCCUGCUGCCCUCCUCGCUGUCUCCCUGAAGACAAGGUGGCUCUGCCUGGUUGUGGCUCAGGCUGUGGAACCAACUUGGCAGUGUGCUCAGAUGUUCUGAGAGCCCACCUUGGGACACCUUGAUUCCAAGCCCAGCAGUAAGUCCAACAUGCUGCGGGGCCGCAACUCAGCCACCUCUGCUGACGAGCAGCCCCAUAUUGGCAACUACCGGCUCCUUAAGACCAUUGGCAAGGGUAACUUUGCCAAGGUGAAGUUGGCCCGGCACAUCCUGACGGGGAAAGAGGUAGCUGUGAAGAUCAUCGACAAGACCCAGCUGAACUCCUCCAGCCUACAGAAACUGUUCCGAGAAGUAAGAAUAAUGAAGGUUUUGAAUCAUCCCAACAUAGUUAAGUUGUUUGAAGUGAUCGAGACUGAGAAGACUCUCUACCUUGUCAUGGAGUAUGCCAGUGGCGGAGAGGUGUUUGAUUACCUAGUGGCCCAUGGCAGGAUGAAAGAAAAAGAAGCUCGAGCCAAAUUUCGCCAGAUAGUGUCUGCUGUGCAGUACUGUCACCAGAAGUUCAUUGUUCAUAGAGAUCUAAAGGCAGAAAACCUGCUCCUGGAUGCUGAUAUGAACAUCAAGAUUGCAGACUUUGGCUUUAGCAACGAAUUCACCUUUGGGAACAAGCUGGAUACUUUCUGUGGCAGUCCUCCUUAUGCUGCCCCAGAACUUUUCCAGGGCAAAAAGUAUGAUGGUCCUGAGGUGGAUGUCUGGAGCCUGGGAGUCAUCCUCUAUACACUGGUCAGCGGAUCCCUGCCUUUUGAUGGACAGAACCUCAAGGAGCUGCGGGAACGGGUACUGAGGGGGAAAUACCGUAUUCCGUUCUACAUGUCCACGGACUGUGAAAAUCUGCUUAAGAAAUUUCUCAUACUUAAUCCUAGUAAGAGAGGCACUUUAGAGCAAAUUAUGAAAGAUCGGUGGAUGAACGUGGGGCAUGAGGACGAUGAGCUAAAGCCUUAUGUGGAACCUCUCCCUGACUACAAGGACCCCCGGCGGACAGAGUUGAUGGUGUCAAUGGGUUACACACGGGAAGAGAUCCAGGACUCGCUGGUAGGCCAGAGGUACAACGAAGUGAUGGCUACCUAUCUGCUCCUUGGCUACAAGAGCUCUGAGCUGGAAGGUGAUACCAUCACUUUGAAGCCCCGGCCUUCAGCUGAUCUAACCAACAGCAGUGCCCCAUCUCCAUCCCACAAGGUUCAGCGCAGCGUCUCUGCCAACCCCAAGCAACGACGCUCCAGUGACCAGGCCGUCCCUGCCAUUCCCACCUCGAAUUCCUACUCUAAGAAGACUCAGAGUAACAACGCAGAAAAUAAGCGGCCUGAGGAAGAGACAGGGCGGAAAGCCAGCAGCACCGCCAAAGUGCCUGCCAGCCCUCUGCCUGGCCUGGACAGGAAGAAGACCACUCCUGCCCCCUCCACGAACAGCGUCCUUUCCACCAGCACAAACCGAAGCAGGAACUCCCCACUUUUGGACAGGGCCAGCCUUGGCCAGGCCUCCAUCCAGAAUGGUAAAGACAGCCUAACCAUGCCAGGGUCCCGGGCCUCCACGGCUUCUGCUUCUGCCGCAGUCUCUGCGGCCCGGCCCCGCCAGCACCAGAAAUCCAUGUCUGCCUCCGUACACCCCAACAAGGCCUCUGGGUUGCCCCCCACGGAGAGUAACUGUGAGGUGCCUCGGCCCAGCACAGCCCCCCAGCGCGUCCCUGUCGCCUCCCCCUCCGCCCACAACAUCAGCAGCAGUAGUGGAGCCCCAGACCGAACUAAUUUCCCACGGGGUGUGUCCAGUCGAAGCACCUUCCAUGCUGGGCAGCUCCGACAGGUGCGGGACCAGCAGAAUCUACCCUACGGUGUGACCCCAGCCUCUCCCUCUGGCCAUAGCCAGGGCCGGCGGGGGGCCUCUGGCAGCAUCUUCAGCAAGUUCACCUCCAAGUUUGUCCGCAGAAAUCUGUCUUUCAGGUUUGCCAGAAGAUGUCGCCUGAGCCUGCCAAAGAGCCAAGAGCUGGAUAUUCUCAGGCAGGGGUCAUUCUGCCGCCAGGCCCUGGUGGAACAGCAGGAGGCCCACACCCUGCUCCUGCAUCUCCCUUCCUGGGACAGAGCCUGGCUUGUUCAGCCUGGCCAUGUCCUCUGCAGGCCUAGGAACCUGAAUGAACCUGAAAGCAAAGACCGAGUGGAGACGCUCAGACCUCACGUGGUAGGCAGUGGAGGCACUGACAAGGACAAGGAGGAGUUUCGGGAGGCCAAGCCUCGCUCCCUGCGCUUCACCUGGAGCAUGAAGACCACGAGCUCUAUGGAGCCCAAUGAGAUGAUGCGGGAGAUCCGCAAGGUGCUGGACGCCAACAGCUGCCAAAGCGAGCUGCACGAGCGGUACAUGCUACUGUGCGUGCAUGGCACACCAGGCCACGAGAACUUUGUGCAGUGGGAGAUGGAGGUGUGCAAACUGCCCCGGCUGUCUCUCAACGGUGUUCGGUUUAAGCGGAUAUCGGGCACUUCCAUGGCCUUCAAAAACAUUGCCUCCAAAAUAGCCAAUGAGCUGAAGCUUUAACAGGCUGUCAGGAGGGGCAGCAGAGGCCCACCAGUGGACUUGGCUGCUUGGGCCAACCCUGCAUCCCCCUGGGAGAAACUGCAGGAUGAAUUGGUGUGUCUCCCCUGCUGGCACUUGUCCCCUUCCAGGCCCUUCUCAGUUUUUUUCUUCCAUGUUUGUGGGGGAUGGGAAGUGGUUCUUCUCCCUCCCACAUUCACCCCUGCCCAGAAGUCCCUCCCUUCCCCCCUGCAGGAGGCAAAGGAAGGGGAGGGGGCUGGGGGGGGGCAGGGCUCCCCCUCGGUACUGCGGUUGCACAGAGUAUUUCGCCUAAACCAAGAAAAUUUUUAUUACCAAAAAAGAAAAAGAAAAAAAAAAAAAUCCCAGCGGCCACCUUUCCUCCCUGCCCCAUUGGGACAGUCAAGACUGGAUCUGUGGGGCUCCUGGGAGGGUGGCUCAGGGCUGGAACACUCUCAGGCAAGAGUGGUGGAGUUCCCUGGCAGGCCCUCCGCCAGGCCCUCUUUGGGCUUCUCCCCUCUCCCCACUUCUUCCCCCCUUCAAGCGACCCACCAGAGGUGGCCUUCCCCUGCCCCCAAGCCCUUGGGCUUACAGGCCUUUACACUGAGGCCCAGUUGGGGGUACUGCACAGCCCUGGAGAGGGUGGGCGGUGGGACCCUGGCUCCCUCCACACCAUAUCCUCUGUCCUUCCCCAGAGCUGGGCACUUCCUUCCAUGAGCUGCUGUGGGGACAUGGUUCCCCUUCUCAGAAGUCUGUGCCAUCUUCAGGCAGGCUAAACCCAGUACUGGUAGAGGGGAGGGGAAUGGGCCAUGGGCUCUCAGCCCCCAGGGGGCAGCUUGGGAACAGGGACACAGCUUCUCCGUUCUGGGAGUCUUUGUCUGAAAGCACAGCCCCUCACCAUCCCCCUACUGCUUCCCCUUCCUUGGCAUUAAUCUGGGCACCGUUCUCAUCUCACAGCCUUGCCUUUUCUUCCUGGCAUUGCCGCCCCUCCUCUCAGGAGACUGUCCAGGGCCUCCAUGGCUGCCUGGCGGAAGGCUGGAUUGGGCGGCAGGGCCAGGAGUCUCUUGUCCUCCACAGGGUGGGGCAAAGUAACUCCUGCUUGCUAACCUCUGAGGCCAGUGUGUGAAUGGGUGGCUGUAGGCGCUUGGCUGGUGGUGGCCACUGCAUCCCUUAAUUUAUUUCUCUGCUGUUUCAGUUCUUGAGAAAUUGGGGAAGUCCUACAGAGGCUGCCCCUGCCCUCACCUGAGUUGUACAUUUUUUUUGUGAUGGGUUAUUUUUUAUUUUUAUUAUUAUUGUUGUUUUGGUUUUUUUUUUGUUUGUUUUUGAUUUAUGACAAUUCCACUCUUGGCCCCAGUUGUCGUCCUGUCACUCCCUCCCCUGUCCAUCACCCUGGCUCCCAGACCAGGCUCAGCAACACAUUGAGUCUUGGGUUCCAGGAACCUUGCCAACCUCAACCCUCCAGCCCGUGCUCCACUGGCUAUGGCUCAGACCAAGGGCUCCUCCUCUCCCCUCUUGCCCUAUGGAACAGCCCGGGUGCUCCAAGGGGGCCAGGAGGGCAUGGCUUGGCUCCCAAGAUAAGGGGUCCGGGGCCAGGACACCCAGGCAAGGUGGCCCCUCCCUGCCUAGCCCCCUUCCCCCCACCCUGCACUUAGUUUCUCCUCUGGAUCAAAUACGUAAUAAAGAGAAUGUUUGGAAUCUGA